UUUUCAUUAUGUGUCAAAAACAUAACAUAUUAAUGAAAAACGCUUUCACGAAAUAAGCUAAUACGCUUAGAAAACAUACAGGCGGCAUUACACAUACUACUAAAUAACAUUACGAAGGGUUUUAACCGCUGCGUUAAGGUGUGCGUAAGGUGACCAAUCACUUGCGUCGGAGUAAGUCGCGUUUGUAUGUGUGUGAAAAUUGUUAUUUUGCAUUGCCAUCUUUGCCGCAAAGUGUAGUGUCAUUCAAGGGAGACGGUGUUGAGUUUGUGAUUUGUAAAGAGAAAUUUAAGAAAAAUGGCUUUGUUUGCCGAAAAUCCGGGUCGAUCGUUGCCUGAUUAUGAAACAGGAGCAACCAAAAUGAAGAGUUUUAGUCCAUACGCCGAUAAUGGAGGGAGUGUCAUAGCCCUCGCGGGAGACGAUUUUUGUGUAAUAGCAGCGGACACGCGUCUUAGUGCGGGCUUCUCUAUUUACACGCGAGAACAGCAGAAGUUGUUCCCACUGUCGAAGACCACUAUUUUGGGAUGUUCUGGCUGUUGGUGUGAUACACUUACUUUAACUCGUCUUUUGACCGCUCGCAUGCAGAUGUACAAACAUGAACAUCAAAAGGAAAUGACAACACCAGCAGUAGCACAGAUGUUAUCAACUAUGUUAUAUUAUAAACGCUUUUUUCCAUAUUAUGUUAGUAAUAUCAUUGGUGGAAUAAAUAAUGAAGGUAAAGGUUGCGUCUAUAGUUAUGAUCCAAUUGGACAUUGUGAAGUAACAAAAUAUAGAGCAGGUGGCUCUGCUGGCGCACUUUUACAGCCUCUUCUUGAUAAUCAGGUUGGAUAUAAAAAUCAGGAAGGUGUUGAAGUUACUCCUUUAACUGAAGAGAAAGCUAUUUCAAUAAUAAAAGACGUUUUCAUUUCGGCUGCAGAAAGAGACAUUUAUACAGGUGAUUCUAUAAGCAUCAAAAUCGUAACAAAAGAUGGUGUAAAGGAUUCCAGUUUCGCGUUGAGAAGAGAUUAAUUAAAUGGGGUGAAAAUACUGUAUUGCCAGGUUUAUCUACGAAUAAAAAUAAUUUC